AUGAGUUCUGCUGGAGAAGGGAGCGAGCGGGGAGGAGAGAAAACGCCGAACCCGAUCGAUUAUGAACAGGAAGUGAGAAACUUCCGACAGGAACAGGGGUUGGCCAGGGAGGUGCAGGAGAAGUACAAACGAGAGGCUUUGCGGAAAUGUAACGAUCUGCAUCGAGUUCUGUUGGAUUGCUACGAGAAGAAGUAUUUUUGCGGAAAAGAGGAGAAAGAGUUUUGGGAUUGUUACCGUCGGGAACGGGGAUUUAAAAAGUCAAAGGUUUCGCAAAUGGCGUACAAGUUCUAUCACAAGGUUUCUUCUCAGAGCGAUUUCACUGACGAGGUGAAAGUGGAGCCUCAGGAGAAGGAAAGAGAGGAGUAACGUUUUUCUUUUAGCU